AUGAUUAAAGAAAAAUCGAAAAAUAGAACUUAAUUUCAUUGCUAUACUAAGGACUACUCCAUUACUGUAUUCUUUCUCUUUUAAAUACUAAUUAACAUACUUAUUAUUACUUAUGAUGCUGAAGGACAACUUAUUUCAGUAAUUAUUUGUUCGAUUAAUGGAUUUCUUGCAUUAUAAUAAUUAUUUUUGCCAAAAGAGAAAGCUAUACUUUAUUAAUAAAUAUGUAUACUUUUAAGUAAAGUUGCAACACUUAUACUAAUAGUUGUUAUCGGCUCUGAUUUAUAAAUUUUAAUAAUAGCAUUAUUUGAGCGUUUAGAUUUAAUAUCAUCAUCUAGAAAAAGUAUAUUAAAAUAAUUUGAUCAUAUACUUUUACGAUUUAUUACUCUCAUAAUCAUGAUAUUUAAUUAUAAUAUAUUUUUAACAAUAACACUUUCAUACACAAUUUUGAUCGAAAUAAAUAAACUCAUUUUAGAUAAGUCUAACGAGAAUAAAUAAUAUUAAUAUAAUAUUACCAGUAGUUAUCAAAAUACGAUCAAAGCUUCAGAUUAAGAUUGGAAUUAUCGGUUAAAUUUAAUUCCAUAAUGUUUUAUGGUUAUAAGUUUAACUAAUUUAAAAGUAACUUAUAAAAAUAAUUUUUUAUUCACGUAUUUUAAAUAGUGUUAUGAAAAGGAAGAUUAGUUAGAUGAAUUAAUAUUACAUAAAUUAUAAUUUAGUAUAAUAUAGGAUAAAAUCGAUAAAAUUAAAUAAUUGUACUAAAAACCUAAAAUCAACUAAAGGUAAACAAAGAAAUAAAAUUUGUGGCAAUAUAAAAGUGAUUCUCUCUCUUUUUAAUAAUCACCAUAAUAAAAACAAGAAUAAUCAAAAGAAGGAGAUUCUCUGGAAUUCUUAGCAACACAACAAUCAUCAAUUUUUGAUAUUUUGACAAACAUAAAGUAAAGUACUAUGUAGGACUAAAAAAUAUUAGGUCACCAUAUUGAAAUUUAUUCAGAUUAAAGCUGGUAAUCAGUUACUGUAAAUUAUAAUUAUUCUUUUUCAUCAAAAAAGUUUCAACUUUCAGGACACAUUAUUUUUUCUGAAUAGGAAGGGGAAGUGUUACUUACACUUACAGAUAUUUCAAAAUAAAAUGAAUUAAACGAAUUAACUUCUAAUUCUGAGUUUAAGUCAAAGGUAUUUACUUAAUUAGCAAUUUAGAUAAUAGAAUCUUUUUCUCAUGAAUUAAGGACUCCAUUAAAUAGUGCUUUAAAUUUUCUUGUCUCUUGCUAAUAUGAUUAAGACAUUUAGGAGUAUAUAAAAGAUGAUUAUUUGUAACCAGCAAUCAAUUCAUUAAAAUUACAAUCAUAUAUAAUUAGUGACAUAAUAGACUUAUCGUAAAUUUCAACAAAUAAUUUUAUACUUUCUGUUAGAGAAUUUUCGAUCAAAGAAAUACUUUAAGAGAUAAUCUUAUUGUUUAAAACUUAAUUUGAAAUGAAAAGAAUAGAAUUUAAGAUUAAUUUACUUGAAUGUACCACUAAUAAAAUAACAUCAGACUAUUUAAGACUUAUCUAAAUAUUAGUAAAUUUGAUAUAGAAUUCACUUAAAUUUUCAUUAGAAGGAGCAGUCAUUUUGCAAAUAUAAACAACUUAAAAUUAAGGUUUAAAAAUAUGUGUUUCUGAUUAAGGUAUAGGAAUAGAGAAUGAUCAUUUAAAUUAAUUACAAUCUCUUUUAUAAAAUAUAGAGCAAUAUAAAGAUAUUUAGUUAAAUAAGACUUGGUAAGGAUUUGGUUUACUAAUUUCUGCAAUUUUAGUUAGUUAAAUAGCACCAAAAGAAAAUAAAUUUUUAUAAAUUCAUUCAUCAGGCUAAGAUUAAGGAUCAUAAGUUUGGUUUUAUGUUGAAAAUUAACAUAAAAUAGAGAGGCCUAGAUAAAAUACUUUAAGAUAAAGUUCUUCUAGAUUUUAAAGUUCACAUGAAGGAGAAUUAUUUAAUAUAGAACUAAAUUGUGCUUUAUUUUAGGCAACAGAAUUUAGAAAUAUUAGUCAUUCUAAGUAAUUUAGUUAAAGUGUGAAAAGACAUGAAUCUAAUAAAAAUGAUUUUAAUUGUACUGAUAGUAAAUCAUUUGAAUCUUUAUAAUUUAAAUUAGGUUAGCUUUCACCUCUUUCACCAUCAUUGAUUACAGAUAAAUUAAUUAAGUUUUCAAAAUAAGUUGAUUAUGUAAAUAAUUGUUAAAACUUAAAAAUGAUAAUUGAAGGAUGUAAAACAGAAGAUUAAGACUUUCUAUAGCUUUUUUAAAAAAAGAAAAAAUGUUCCUGUUAAAAUUUAUUGUCUGUUGAUGAUGAAAUUUUUAAUUAGAAAUCGAUUCAAAUUUUAUUGGCCAAAUUAGGAUUCAAUGUGAUUUUAGUAAUUAUUUUAAAAUUAUCAAUUAAGGCAUUUAAUGGAGUUGAGGCCAUUAGAAUUGUCGAAUAAGCAAUUCCUUGUAGUCCUAAAUGUUAAUUAUUUACUUUGAUAUUGAUGGAUUAUCAAAUGCCAAUAAUGGAUGGCUGUACGACAACUUCAAAGCUUAUUGAUAUGAUGAAUAAAAAACAAAUUCCUAAAAUACAUAUUAUAGGAUUAACAGCUUUUACUAAUGCUACUGAAAUUUCUAAUUGUAUUAAAGCAGGCAUGAGUGAUGUACUAUCAAAACCUCUUAAUUUAAAAGAGUUGAAAGAAAUUUUGACUCUUGUUUGA